GAUCUUAACAACUCAAUGGUCUUAACGUCAGAAUCUGGAGAAGAUAUCUUAUAUGCUGUUUAUAUACAUAAGCAGUAUACAUAAGCAGAAAGGUUCCGCAACUCAAAUAGUUGAACCAAAAGGAUGCUUCCAGGAAACAAGAUUUCCAGAGUUGGUUAAUUGACUGGUGUUUUCAUCAGAGACGAGAGCAGCUAUUUAGAUAUCCAAGCAGAAAGGUUCUGAAACUCAAAUAGCAGAACCAAAAGGUAAAAUUUGGACCAUUUUUCCCUGACAGUUUUCAUUUUUGUUCAGCUGAAUUAAUCUUGAUUUUGUUA